AAGGUUAGCAGUUGCUGUUAUAUUAUCUCACUCCCGCGCUCGAAUCGAACGCGUCUGUUCAGUUUUGAAGUUUUGAACUAGUGUUAAAUUGUCACUACACCGAAAAGUUCGAUCGGUUUGUUCAGGAGAAUGUAAUAUUUUCACACUUUUAACAAUCGAAGACUAUAUCAGGGUGCGGCUAAGACUCAUAAAAUUCAACAUAUGAAAUCUUAAUUUGAUACGAGUAAGUAAAACUGCAGAAAUUUCCAUUCAAGUUGUUAGAUUAGGAUGAAUAUAAUCUUUUCAGUUAAUUUUUUAACAUAUAGGAUAUUAUAGGUAGCUUUUGGUGAAUUCAAUCCUCAGGAAAGAUAUGGAAUGAGAGGCACGUAUAAAAGGAGAUUAACUGAUAAUUACUCAGGAAUCAGGAUUACUUUAUCAUCGCUGUUCUUAUGUUUUCUUCACAUGGCCCAUCGUGGAAAUUAUUUUCUCGUCAUUGAUUUAUUGUGUUCAUUUGACCUGCAUAACAUUUUUCUCCUAGUCAACGAGUGGUUACCACUGCUUCAUUGUGUAAUUUCCUUGUCUUCUCUUUGAAUUUGGGGUUUGGUUUGCCACAUGAAGUCAUGUCAUGUUGGCAGAAGUUGUACACUCUGUUGCCGAUUUUGCAAAUCAGGCGCUUCUUGCAUAUGGUCUGAGUAAACCUGAUGCCCUUCAUCCUUAUGGAUAUUCUAAGGAGAGGUUUGUUUGGUCAUUGAUAUCUGCUGUUGGGAUCUUUUGUCUUGGUGCUGGUGCUAUCAUUGUUAAUGGAAUUCAAAAUUUGUGGACUUCACAGGUGCUUCCCUGGUUGUUGCCAUACAAGCUGUCAAGAAAGGUGCUGCUGCAGAGGGAAUGAAACUGAGAGACUAUGUGUGGCGUGGUCACAAUCCCACAUC